GACAAUGAUCAAGAACAGAUAUAUGUACUUAACAGAAGAGAUAUUAAAAGAGAACCCCAACAUGUGUGCAUAUAAGGCACCGUCGUUGGAUGCAAGGGAAGAUAUGAUGAUCAGGGAGGUACCAAAGGUUGGAAAAGAGGCUGCAACCAAAGCCAUCAAGGAAUGGGGCCAGCCAAUGUCUAAGAUCACACAUUUGAUCUUCUGUACCACCAAUGGUGUUGCAUUGCCUGGCGUUGAUUACGAACUCAUCGUACUCUUAGGACUCGACCCAUGCGUCAAGAGGUACAUGAUGUACCACCAAGGUUGCUUCGCUGGCGGCACUGUCCUUCGCUUGGUUAAGGACUUGGCUGAAAACAACAAGGAUGCUCGUGUACUUAUCGUUUGUUCUGAGAAUACUGCAGUCACUUUUCGUGGUCCUAGUGAGACAAACAUGGAUAGUCUUGUAGGGCAAGCAUUAUUUGCAGAUGGAGCUGCUGCGAUUAUCAUUGGUUCUGAUCCUGUGCCAGAGGUUGAGAAGCCUAUCUUUGAGCUUGUUUUGACCGAUCAAAAACUUGUCCCUGGCAGCCAUCGAGCCAUCGGCGGUCUCCUUCGUGAAGUUGGGCUUACAUUCUAUCUUAACAAAAGUGUUCCUGAUAUUAUUUCACAGAACAUCAAUGAAGCACUCAAUAAAGCUUUUGAUCCGUUGGGUAUAUCUGAUUAUAACUCAAUAUUUUGGAUUGCACAUCCUGGUGGACAUGCAAUUCUGGACCAGGUUGAACAGAAGGUGAAUUUGAAGCCAGAGAAGAUGAAAGCCACUAGAGAUGUGCUUAGCAAUUACGGUAACAUGUCAAGUGCAUGUGUGUUCUUCAUUAUGGAUUUGAUGAGGAAGAAUUCCCUUGAAAGAGGACUUAAAACCACCGGAGAAGGACUUGAUUGGGGUGUGCUUUUUGGUUUUGGUCCUGGUCUUACUAUUGAAAUCGUUGUUCUUCGCAGCGUGGCCAUAUGA